GAUCCCCCAAGCCCUUGACCUCCUCCUGAGAGAAGAGUUGUCACAAUGAAACGGAAUCAGUCAAUCUUGGAUCUGGUGGAGCAAAUCUUGUCUGAGUUCAGGCUACAGGAAGAAGACCUGAAGAAAGUGAUGAGGCGGAUGCAGAAGGAGAUGGACCGGGGCCUGCGACUGGAGACCCAUGAAGAAGCCAGUGUGAAGAUGCUCCCCACUUACGUGCGCUCCACCCCAGAGGGGUCAGAAGUGGGAGACUUCCUUUCCUUGGAUCUGGGUGGCACCAAUUUCCGGGUAAUGUUGGUAAAAGUAGGAGAAGGAGAGGAAGGUCAAUGGAGUGUGAAGACAAAACAUCAAAUGUACUCUAUCCCUGAGGAUGCCAUGACGGGCACGGCAGAAAUGCUAUUUGACUACAUCUCUGAAUGCAUUUCUGAUUUCCUGGACAAACACCAGAUGAAACAUAAAAAGUUGCCUCUGGGCUUCACAUUCUCCUUCCCUGUGCGACAUGAAGACAUUGACAAGGGAAUCCUUCUCAACUGGACAAAAGGCUUCAAAGCAUCAGGUGCUGAAGGGAACAACAUAGUUGGACUCUUGAGAGAUGCUAUCAAGAGGCGAGGGGACUUUGAAAUGGACGUUGUUGCCAUGGUCAAUGAUACAGUGGCAACAAUGAUUUCCUGCUACUAUGAAGAUCGCCAGUGUGAGGUCGGCAUGAUUGUUGGCACAGGGUGCAACGCCUGCUACAUGGAGGAGAUGGAAAACGUGGAACUGGUGGAAGGGGAUGAAGGCCGGAUGUGUGUGAACACCGAGUGGGGAGCCUUUGGGGAUGCCGGGGAACUUGACGAGUUCCUGUUGGAGUAUGACCGGGUGGUGGACGAGACCUCGCUGAACCCCGGUCAGCAGCUUUAUGAGAAGAUCAUCGGGGGCAAGUACAUGGGGGAGAUCGUGAGGCUGGUUCUACUGAAGCUAGUGGAUGAGAAUUUGCUGUUCAACGGGGAAGCAUCUGAACAGCUGAGGACCCGAGGGGCCUUCGAGACUCGUUUUGUCUCCCAAGUGGAGAGUGAUUCUGGGGAUGGAAAGCAGAUCUACAACAUCCUAAGUACCCUGGGACUGCUCCCCUCCACGACAGACUGUGAUAUUGUGCGCAUGGCCUGUGAGAGUGUUUCCACCCGGGCAGCCCAAAUGUGCUCAGCAGGGCUGGCAGGUGUCAUCAACCGAAUGCGGGAGAGUCGCAGUGAGGAGGUCAUGAGGAUCACUGUAGGUGUGGAUGGCUCCGUCUACAAACUGCAUCCCAGCUUCAAACACCGAUUUCAUGCUACUGUGCGACAGCUGGCACCCUGUUGUGACAUCUCUUUUAUCCAGUCAGAGGAGGGCAGUGGCCGGGGUGCUGCCCUUGUCUCUGCUGUGGCCUGCAAAAAGGCCUGCAUGCUUAACCAGUGAAGGCAGGUGUGGCCCCUGCCUGCCUAGGCAUCUGCCAGGGGCAGUGCUCACAGGAAGCUGCUUCCCAGCUCCUUCAGCCCUUGGUCCAGGACAGAACUUCUGCCCCCUUUCACCUCGAGGAGGCUGGGCUUUUGCUGAAAGCAUGUUCCGUGGAAGAUAUACUCUUGGGGGUUGUUCCUUCUCCCAAAGGAGGAAGCUGAGGGGUGCAAAGCAGCUUGUUUCUCUCCAUGCAGCAGCUGGCUGCCUCUCCAUGGAUGUGGGACUUGACAACCUGUGGUAUCUGCGUGCCGUACUCAGCUCAGGACCAGGGGGAAAUAUGAGGACCAGGAAGAAAGACCUGGCAGAGAAGGAAUGGCCUCAAACAGAUCUGUAACUAGGAAUUUUUGCAUCUGGAUCAAGGGAAAGGAAGAUGCUGGGGGGAAUUCACUUGGGGUGCGGCCAUCAGGGGAGAAAGAAUACUCCAGGGCACCACAAGAUUUCUAUGCUGCUGAAGGACUGACUUGUACUGGGUGGCAGUAGGUGGAGUGGGGGACACUACAGGCCAGAGUUUAGCCAAUAGAGGAAGAAAGUAUGCCCUGGGACAGGUGCCCUAGGGCAAAAUCUUUGUAAUUCCUUUCUAGUUAAUAGCUCUGGCCUUAAAGAAUGACCUCCUACACAACUCCGUCCAAGCCCACCAACAUAGCCAGGAUAUUGUGUCUCCCUCCCCCAUCUCCUCAUACCUCUCCCUCCCCUAGUGUCCUAUCCUCUCUUCCUAGCUGGUAGCCAGGGGCUUAAUUGAAACCUAGUCGUGGCCAGGGAUGGUCUAUUCCUGUAAGGUGGUGUGUGUGGCUUUAGCCUGAUGGUAGGGAUCCUAGUUCUCCUGAUGACACCACAGCCAGCUUCCUUUUUAAUGGCUGACCUGUAUAUGCUUGCUGCUUCUAUCAGGGUAAGCUCCUGGAUCCCUGGCAUGGCAAGUCAGCUUUACUACAACCAUCCAGACCUUGCCGGUCUGCUCCCCACUAGGAUCGCUAGUAUUCAGACUCAAAAGAUUCUCCCUUUCCUCUCACCUGAGUCCCAGAAAGG